GUGAUGGUCACAUAUCACACACAGUAGACAAGUGCAUGUAUUGCACAACACAUGGGCCGCGUGGGUUGCUUAUUUUUGCUAGUCGGAACGCAAACCCCGCGUUAAAAGUUUAGAAAAUCGCAGUGUCAUAAUAAACAUGGAGUAUUUGGAGCAAAAUCUGACGAGUACCCAAGGCAUCAUUUUGUGUUGCCAGUGUGGAACUCCCAUCCAGCCAAACCCAGCAAACAUGUGCGUUGCUUGCCUUCGCACACAGGUUGACAUUACCGAAGGCAUCCCCAAACAAGCUGUGCUGUAUUUCUGUAAAUCAUGUGAACGGUACCUACAACCACCUGCCCAGUGGAUUAAGUGUGCCUUAGAGUCACGGGAACUCCUGGCAAUCUGCCUGAAGAAGCUGAAAGGACUGAGCAAGGUCAGACUUGUUGACGCCGGGUUCAUCUGGACCGAGCCGCACUCUCGUCGCAUCAAGCUGAAGCUGUCCAUUCAGCGGGAGGUGAUGGGUGGAGCUGUCCUGGAGCAAGUCUUUGUCGUCGAGUUUGUCGUCCAGACCCAGAUGUGUCCCGACUGCCAUCGUGUGGAGGCCAAAGACUUCUGGAAAGCUGUGGUGCAGCUCAGACAAAAGACAUCGCACAAGAAAACAUUCUUGUACCUGGAGCAGUUGAUUUUGAGGCACAACGUGCACGUCAACACACUGAACAUUAAGCAACAUGACGGAGGACUGGACUUUUACUAUGCCACAAAGGACCAUGGUAGCAAGAUGGUGGACUUCCUCAUGGGCGUGGUGCCCUGCAGGUACAAGACUUCUCAACAGCUUAUCUCACAUGAUGUACACAACAACACCUACAACUACAAGUACACCUUCUCAGUUGAGAUUGUGCCUAUUUGUAAGGACAACGUUGUUUGCCUUCCUAAGAAGCUGGCUCGCUCACUUGGCAACAUUGGUCAGAUUUGUGUCUGCACCCGUGUCACAGCUGCCGUACAGCUCAUUGAUCCACUCUCACUGCAAGUGGCUGAGAUUCCAGCCACUACAUACUGGCGAAGCCCUUUCAAUAGCCUUUGUGAGCCCAAGCAGUUAACGGAGUACACUGUGCUACAAGUGGAACGUAUCGAAGAGAAAGAAAGACGUCAUGUUGCUGGGGAAGGAUCCAGGUCAAACAAGCAUUUAUUGGCAGAUGUGUGGGUGAUGCGGACCCAGGACUUAGGCGUAUGUGACACCCAGUACCACUGUCGUAGUCACUUAGGCCACCUGUUAACGGCAGGUGACUUGGUUAUGGGUUUUGACUUUACUAGAACCAACGUCAAUGAUGCAAACCUAGAUCAGGUGAGGAGUGAUGUUCUUCCUGAUGUCGUCCUCAUUAAGAAAUACUAUGGGGACCGACAGAAGCGCCACCGCAAACGUAACUGGAAACUGAGGACAUUACGCAAGGAUGAGGAGGGAUUGGACCCCGACAAGGCAGACAGGGAUUACAUUGGUUUCCUUGAGGAUCUCGAAGAAGAUGCAGACUAUAGGAAGAACGUCAACAUCUAUAAAGACCGUAAAAAGGAAGUGGUUGUGGAGUCAAGCGACGAUGAUGAUGCUCCCCGCAUCAGUUUGCAAGAGAUGCUCGAUGACCUGCAUUUGACUGAUGAUGAUGAGGAGAGGCAUCAGGUUGCUAUGCAAGAUGAGGCCACUGCCGUGGCAACACAGUGAAUGAUGAAUAGUAACAUAGGACAGGUAUUCCAGGGGUGUUCAUCAUGUCCUGCCUUGGUGUUUGUCUCCAUCAAACAGUUUGGCAGUGAAGCAAGAGCCUGAGGCUUCAUUACAGAGAGCCUAAUUUCAGUCAUUAAGUUGUUUUGCAAGCUUCAAGUUCAUUCUAGUUUUGGCCUCAGAAUCAACUUUUAUGGCCCGUCACCUGAUUUUGAAGGUCGCAGCAUCGCAGCAUAUUGUGUCCAUGUUUGGCUGCAAGAAUAUUAGAUCCAGUAGGUCCAAGCUAUGAUGGAAUACACAUUUAGCUGCAUUUAUUUUAACCCACCCACCCCGGUUCCCGUGUGAGAGUCGAACUUGAGACAAAGCAGAGACUUGAUAUACAAAUUCUCCAAUAGUUUAAAAAUCUUUGGCAGAAGUGGUCACUGAU